UGGGGGUCGAGAAGCACUGCUGUAACGCUUUCAUCCAGCAGGGGUCAGUACACACUUAACUGUUCCUAGUUCAGGAGGAAGAUCGCAGCGACCUUUUUCCUCACGUUAAUUCAUGAUGGCGGCCGCGUUGAGAGGGAGUCUAGUAACAUUGGCCAAGGGUCUGAGUGGUGCCCGUUUGCAGCCGUUGUGUGCCCGUUCCCUGGGUUUGUCCUCCAGUCAGAAUGUUUCGGAGAGUCCCCCGGCACGUGCUGACAGCACCUUCAAGGUCACCAUGGUCCCUGGAGAUGGAGUAGGACCUGAGCUGAUGACUGCUGUCAAAGAGGUUUUCAAGGCAGCUGAUGUUCCUGUGGAGUUUGAGGAGUUUCAUCUGAGCGAGGUGCAGAACAUGGCCAGUGAGGAGAAACUGGACGAGGUGCUGACCUCCAUGAAGAACAACAGAGUUGCCAUCAAAGGAAAGAUUCACACUCCUAUGGAGUACAAGGGUGAACUGGCAUCAUAUGAGAUGAGACUGAGGAGAAAGCUGGACCUGUUUGCCAAUGUGGUUCAUGUGAACAGCCUGCCUGGUUACAGCACCCGUCACAAUAACCUGGAUCUGGUCAUCAUAAGGGAGCAGACAGAGGGAGAAUACAGCUCUCUGGAGCAUGAGAGUGUUACAGGAGUGGUUGAGUGCUUAAAGAUCAUCACCAGGGAGAAAUCUCGGCGCAUCGCUAAAUUUGCAUUUGACUAUGCCACCAAGAAGGGCCGCAGCAAAGUGACCGCUGUCCACAAGGCAAACAUUAUGAAGCUUGCGGAUGGUCUCUUCCUGCAGAGCUGUGCGGAGGUGGCUGAACUUUAUCCUAAGAUUAAAUAUGAAAACAUCAUCAUUGAUAACUGCUGCAUGCAGCUGGUACAGAAUCCAUAUCAGUUUGAUGUGCUAGUGAUGCCUAAUCUCUACGGCAACAUCAUCGAUAACCUGGCGGCAGGGUUGGUGGGCGGAGCCGGCGUAGUUCCAGGCGAGAGUUACAGCGCAGAAUAUGCUGUGUUUGAAACGGGUGCCAGACAUCCCUUUGCUCAGGCUGUCGGCAGGAAUAUCGCAAACCCCACUGCUAUGCUCCUCAGUGCAUCGAACAUGCUGAGACACCUCAACCUUGAGUAUCAUUCAAACAUGGUGUCUGAGGCUGUCAAGAAAGUCAUUAAGCAGGGCAAGGUGAAGACGCGAGACCUAGGGGGUUACAGCACUACUGGGGACUUUGUCCGUGCGGUUGUGGCCAACCUGCGCCAUCGGACUGUUUGAAGAUGCUUGCCAAACCCAAUGUCUAUCCCGGAUCCCCCUAUUUUUGCCACCUCUGAUCUGAAUAUAUUCAAAGACAAUUAAAGCAGUCCUAUCUUAAAUUUUCAUUUCCCUUUUCCCAUCUCUCACUUUCAUUCUCUCACCGUCUUGUUUUAUGGCUGGUUACUGAUUUCUUUUUUUAGUUUUUGUUGUUGUUGGUGUUUUUUUGUUCCUUAAUGUAUCCAUGUACAUUUAUUUUCAUUUCUGUUUUUCAUAAUAUGCAUCUUUAACCAGAAUUACACUUCUGUUUAAAAGUUUGGGGUCAGUAAUAUUUUAAAUAAAGAUAUUUUUAAAUGUU